CUUCGCAACAUACACUUGCAGCAUACUUUGUAGCCAUUGCUAUAUCGAUACGGCAAAAUGGCCGGUGCAUCAUCAAAGAAAAGGUCCUUCGAGGACAAGGCUGCCCCUCCUCCAAAAAAGCAGAAGCGGCAGUCAAAAAGCCGAGGCGAAUCGAACAAAAAAGAAGAGGACGACUUCAAAGCAGUCGACCUUCUCGCCUCAGAUUCCGACGAUAUACAUAAUGCCAUCGCCGAUGACGGCGCAGACUCCGACAGCGAUGCUUUUACCUCAGACGACGACGCCGCUUCCCCUCCACCACAAAAGCGUCCCAGCAAAGCCGGCCAAUCGAAACACAACAAAACCACGGCGGAAGCCGAUGACGGUUCGGAAGCUGAAGCUGACGACAAUGCGUCCAGCGGAGAAGAAGAAGCAGAAGAAGAAGCAGAAGAAGAAAAAGAAGAGGAAGCAGAGGGCGGCGGCUACUCGGCAGAAGAAGACGAAGACGACGAAUUUUCAGUCAGCGACACAGACACCAUAAACGGCGCGGGACGGCCCAACACGAAAUCCAAACGCAACGACCCGUCCGCCUUCUCCACCUCCAUGUCCAAGAUCCUCUCCACCAAGCUCCCCACCUCGCGCCGCGCCGACCCCGUCCUGUCCCGCAGCGCCGCCGCCCACCACGCCGCCCGGGCGUCCGCCGACUCGGCCCUCGAGCAAAAGGCGCGCCGGCUCCUGCGGCUGCAGAAGAAGGAGGCCCAGGAGAAGGGGCGCGUCCGGGACGUCCUGGUCGCCACCAACAAGGACGUCAUGAUGGGGGGGCCUUCGACCACGGGCGAGGUGCUCGGGGCCGAGAAGCGGCUGCGCAAGGUCGCCCAGCGCGGUGUCGUCAAGCUGUUCAACGCCGUGCGCGCUGCGCAGGUCAAGGCCGCUGAGGCUGAGAAGGCGGCGCGCAAGCAGGGCGUGGUGGGAGUGACUAGGAAGGAGGCCAAGGUGAAUGAGAUGAGCAAGAAGGGCUUCUUGGACUUGAUCGCUUCUGGUGGUGGGCUGAAGCAAGGUCCGAUCGAGGAGGCUUGAUGUGAUGGUAUGGACUGAACUGGCCCUGAGGCAAGCAUUUUGUGGCAAAGAAAAAGAAAAGAAAACCAUGAACGAUCUUCUGGGGGUUUGGUUUUAAGCUUUGGCUUUGUAUCGGAGUGGACAUAUGCUACACCACCUUGUCUCUACCUAUCCUCCUUAGAUACCCUGAAAACACUAUACUGAUGGUAUCAAUGUAUGCUGCGCAGAAAUACGCCCUUUCAUG